AAUUUGGCAGUUGGGACGGGAUAUUUUCGGUACCGGAAUUUAUUGGGGAGAAAAGCUCUAUUUUGGCUCGCUGUCAUGACUCACAAAAAGGAAUGAAUGUGUUCGUGGUCCCAAAUCUCGCGACACUUUUUUUGGGGGGGGGGGGUGAGAAGAAAACGGUUGGGCCAAAAAAAUAAAAAAGGCGGCAAGUAUAAUCAAUUCCCGCCGAUGAAUUAAUGCACAUGCGCAGAUCGCAACUUUUUUCUCUGACAGAGCCUCGUCUUUACGCUUGCGCAGUAGCCUCCGGCGGCCAUUUUAGAAAAGGAAGCGAGAUUUCCUUUGUCUGGUUAUGGAAUUUCCGAUGCCGUUUUUCUUUGACUGGCUAAACGGAGACACGAAUCUGUCCAUCGAUAUAUUUCCGCCUUGUGCUGACGAAGAGUCCUUGAAUCCCUAGUUAGCGAAGGAGCCAAGCAGCAGCGCAUGCGCCGCUCCGCCCCCCCAAAAGGAGCCGAGCCACGCAUGCGCCGCAAUUGAGCCCGACUCAGCCGGAGCUGCGCACGCGCCACUCGUGAGCCCCACUCGACGGGGAGGGGGUGAACCGAGCUGCGCAUGCGCCUUGGCACGAGGAGGCCGACGUGUAACUUCGACGGCGUUACUUGUGUCACGUGCCGAGGGAGAACACCUCGAUUGGCUGGCGUGCUUCCGGGACCCUUCCCGGCAACCCCCGCGGGGCGGGCUGGACGUGGUUGGUUGCGACGCGGCAGGUCUUUUCCUCUCUCGGGACCGGCGAUGGCGGGGGCCGGCUGGGGCCUGGCUGGGCUGCUUUCCCUGCUGCUCGUGCUGGGCGGGACGCGAGCUGAAACUUGCACAGAACCAACCAUCUCACCAUCCUACUACACUACCUCUGAUGCUGUCAUCUCUUCCGAGACUGUCUUUGUCGUUGAGAUUUCUCUCACCUGUAAAAACGGAGCCCAGAACGUAGCCCUCUAUGCAGAUGUUAACGGGAAGCAGUUUCCGGUCACUCGGGGUCAGGAUGUUGGCCGCUAUCAGGUCUCCUGGAGCAUGGAGCAUAAGCUGGCUCGCUCUGGCACCUAUGAGGUGAAAUUCUUUGACGAGGAGUCGUACAGCAUCUUGCGGAAGGCUCAGCGCAACAAUGAGGAUGUCUCUGAGAUCAAGCCCCUCUUCACAGUCAACGUGGAUCAUCGAGGCGCCUGGAGCGGACCGUGGGUCUCCACAGAAGUUCUGGCGGCCUUCAUCGGCCUUCUGGUUUAUUACAUGGCCUUCAGCGCCAAGAGCAACAUCCAAGCCUGAUGCACUUCAAUAAACUUUUCCUGCCAA